AUGUCCUGGCAAGCAUACGUCGACACCAAUCUCGUGGGCACUACAAAAAUUGCCCAAGCUGCUAUUCUCGGUGCCCAGGGAGGAGUAUGGGCUACCUCAGAAGGCUUUGAAAUCAGCCCAGAUGAACAGGCGCGAAUUCUGCAAGCUCAUUCACAACCCUCAGCUAUACAGGCAUCGGGCUUGGUAAUCGCAGGCGUGAAGUACUUCUGUCUGCAGGCUAACGAGAGGAGUAUAUAUCUAAAGAAAGGUGUUGACGGCGCUAUCGUGGUCAAAACUACUCAGGCCAUAUUAUGCUGUAUCUACAAAGCACCUGCGCAAGCACCUGAGGCAACAACAAUUGUCGAAGGCUUGGCCGAUUACCUGAUAGGUGUUGGAUAUUAG